GCGAUGGGGGCGUCGGGGAAGUGGAUCAGGUCGCUGGUGAGCAUCAAGGCGCCGUCGUCGGAGGGGACGUCGAGGGGGCGGAAGUGGACCCGCCGCCUGUGGCGGAGCAGCUCGUCCGCGUCGGCGGCGACCGCGGGCGGCUGUGGCGCCGCGGAUUCGGAGGAGGUGUCGGAGGAGGCGUCGUCGGAGGCUGACGCGUUCAGCUCGGUCGUCGCGGCCGUCGUGCGCGCGCCGCACAGGGACUUCCGGGUCAUCCGGCAGGAGUGGGCCGCCGUCCGCGUCCAGGCCGCCUUCCGCGCCUUCUUGGCGCGGCGGGCGUUGAAGGCGCUGCGAGGCAUCGUGAGGCUGCAGGCGCUGGUGCGCGGCCGGCUGGUGCGGCGGCAGCUCGCCGUGACGGUCAAGUGCAUGAACGCGCUGCUGCGGGUGCAGGAGCGCGCGCGGGAGCGGCGAGCGCGCACCUCGGCCGAUGGCCGGGACUCGCGCGAUGCGCUCGGCGACCGCGACGGCCGUGCCGACACCAUGAUCCCUAUCAAGCAAGCUGAGGAACAAUGGUGUGACAGUCAAGGCUCGGUUGCUGAAGUAAGGUCAAAAAUACACAUGAGGCAUGAUGCUGUAGCUAAGAGAGAAAGGGCAAUUGCUUAUGCGCUCUCUCACCAGCCUAGGAGUUCAAAACACAGUGCAAGACCAAGCUCUCCUGCUAGAUCUCUGAGGAGCCAUGACUCGAAUAGGUGCAAUCAUGACUGGAGCUAUAUAGAAGGAUGGAUGGCAACAAAACCUUGGGAGAGCAGGCUCAUGGAGCAAGAUCGUUCUGAAUUGACAUGUUUCAAGAACAGUGGUGAACUUAACUUAGGUGACUCCAAAGUUUCAAAUGCAAAAUCAGUCAGAAUAAGAAGAAACAAUGUCACAACUAGGGUGGCAGCAAAGGCUCCUUCCGUACUCUCAGCUUCUUCUUCCGAGUUCCUGUGUGACGAGAGCUCUCCAUCCACAUCGUCAGCAACUCCAGCAAGAUCCGACGGUGGCCAUGGUGGAGGGCCGAGUUACAUGAGCUUGACCAAGUCUGCCAAAGCAAGGCAGAGUUGCAAUAGCCCAUUCCAGAUUCAGAGACAACGAUCUGGUGGCAUGUCGUCUUACAAAAGGGUUGCACUCUCCCCAUUAGAUGUCCAGAGCAACGCCGGCUCGGAGAUUUCAGUCACCUCCAGGAAAUUGAACAGUCUGUCUCUGAAAGGCCGGAGCAUGACAAGGAGCUUGGACAAGGAGAAUGACAAUCUUUUCUAGCUUUACAAUUCUACAGACAAAUUAGUUAAUUUGAACCUUCAUAAAUAUUCCCAAGCUUACUGUUAAGAUUAUAAAUCCAACCAAGCUCAACCAACUCCUCAUUGCCUCUUUAUGUCUUUUGUAUGCACAACCCAGAUUAAUCAUUAGUCAAAAGUUUGAACAUCUUUUUUAUCCCUAAAAAAAAUGCUGUGCAGCAUUAGCAAGGAGCUGCAGUUUCUAAUCGGAUUCGACCUUGAUGGCGACAGUUUCUUAUGUUUCAAUAUAACUUGGGGACAAUGAGAAUGAUGCUACAUUUAUCUCUGUUUGUUGUGACAAACAAUCGUUUUGUCCUCUUCCAUGAAGAUCCCAUGACAU